AACCUGUGAUCGAAAGCGUGCUUUGCAAGCUAUAUCAUGCACGACGAUAUACUCCUAAUAGAGGGAUCUUUAAUUAGCGUCUUGCCUUUACCCAACGAAGUCAGGUCGGGGCGGCUGAACCUUAUUUCUCCCCUUGGUAUUAUGUAGAUAGACAAUGCGUGUCGGGCACGAUGACAGCGCCAAUUCCUGCUUAGCGAAAUGGGCUCCUAACAACCGUGUACUUUCGCGCAUAUUGUCUGAACGACCUGCUUCUCAAACAUUGAUUGGUUAUUUGGCAAGUGCUUUCUUUUUUUCUUCUUGUCACUCGACUGCAUACGAAAACCACAGGGUUAUGUCACGCUACAGUUGCUUGACCAUCCUAAAUCCUUUUAAAGAUGGAUCUCUCUACUUCUGUCAAAUGAUCUGGGUAGAGACCGCACCUCAUUCACAGUGAAGAGGUAGGAGAUAUGUCUUCUGCGGGUUCGAAACGGACAUAUGCUCGUCCAAUACCCGAAAAUAUAUGGGAACAGAAAAAAAAGCUUAUCUCUGACUUAUACUGCAGCAGCGAGAUAAAAUAUAAGGACAUAGUGCUUGCUAUGAAUAGUAAACACGGUUUUGAGGCUACAAUCGACCAGUACCGCAAACAAUUUAAAAAAUGGGGCUGGAAAAGAAGGGCUGAAUAUAGCAUUGGCGACUCUAAUGGCCCUGAGGAUUCUGAGGACCCUACGGAAUCUGAGAACCCUGGCGACGAGGAUCAUGAUGGCUGUGAUCAUACAACACCACACCCACCUGCUGCCAUAAUUAGCGACUACCAGUCAUUCGAGACCAGCCAAGAGGUCAUAAAUAACUACAAUGCCUCUAGCGAACAACACCGGAGUGACGAGAUAUCGUGGGACCAACUUGAGGACCUUUACUUUUCCACGUUGGGAGUUGGAGCUGGAAUAAGUAGCCUCAUGACCAAUGCAGUCGAUCCUCCUGGCACAAGCACGAUCGACCCGCGCAGACUAGACACGCCUGAACAUAGUAACAUAGAGCGACACUCUGUUCUCUACACUACUGAUAGUCCCUGGAUUAGCCUUGCUGCUCUCCGCCACAGCUCGAUGGCAGUCACUGCGGAUGAAUGCAGACAUAAUAGCAUAGCAGAUCGACGAACCUCUUUUCUGGCAUCGUCAUGGACCUCAUCGGGCAUAAGAACCAUGAGAUCAGCGGCAGAGCGGGCAGCGAAAGAGCAGGCAGCCAAAGCUCGACCCGGUGAUGUCCCAGUGUCAUCAGAGCUAGGAUCAAGCUUCGAUGCCUCACAGGGAUCGGCAUGUUGUCUUAGUACGAUGUAUGACAUUAUUGACUGAGGCUUGUUGAUUCCAGAAUUGUAUAGAUUGCCAUGUGCUCAGCGGGUAAGAUUUGAAAACUAGACUUUGGAAAUUUCGAGAAGUGCUCUUUCGUGGUAAUACCAUGCGGGCACAACCGAAGUAGGUUGAAGGCGCUAUUUUAGACUCCAUUAAGGUCGCGAAAAGUUGUUUGUUUGUAACUAUAUAUUGUAACUCGCGCAUAUAAGCUGAUAGAAUUUAAUUCAUUCAUUCGAU